CUCAAAAUAAUAUUCAAUAGCAUUAAAAAUCCGACUAUGCCGCAUUGGACAUUUUAUAAAACGACCGACGAUUCCAAUUCUUUACCAGAAGCCGAUCAAAAGAAGGUGAGAACUACUCCGGAUACAGUCUACGAUGCUCUAUCUAGAUGGCGAAGACAAAUAGUGGGCUAUCAAAAUCACUGCAGGCAAUGGGACCUUUGCUUCCUUGGUUUUGUCAAGACUGAAAUCUCACCACAUUGCCAGGUCAGCCUGGGAGAACGUCCUCGGGACAAUGAAUACAGUAGGUCCAUCCGAAAUGGAGAUGUUGGGUUUCGACAUGCUUCCCUCUGGCUUCAGAUGCAGUGCGGUCAUAUAUAUACUCUGAUGGAGACAUUGAUAUGUGGGGCAGGGGUAUACUUAGAAGCCGCAGCUGCUGGAAUUUGUAUUGCUGAGCAGGAGAAUUUUCAUGAGACACUCCAUGUUGCGCAUCUGAGGCAUGACCCGGAUCGAUACUGGGAUGUAGUACAGCGGACGUGGCUAGCGGCACAUAAGGAAUAGCAG